CGGCGGACAACGAAGACAACGCAGGCAUUCGUUUUUCGUCGGCUUUUUGUGUCUUCAUAGUCGUUUGUUGUGGUGUAAUUUUCGUAAAUGAUUUGAUGGUAAACCCUUCAACAUUACCAUGGAUGAAUUAGAGAAACUCGAGCAUCUAUCCCUGGUUUCUAAGGUUUGUACGGAAUUGGAAAACCACUUGGGGCUUAAUGAUAAGGAUCUGGCCGAAUUUAUUAUCGCCUUGGCAGAAAAACAUAAAACGUUUGAUGACUUCAAAACCGUGAUGAUUGAGAAUGGUGCGGAAUUCUCGGAUUCACUUAUUGCAAACCUUCUUCGGCUCAUCAAGCAUAUGAAAUCAGCUAAUUCCAAAACAACUGAUGUGAAUUUGGCUGAAGUUAAAAAAACAGUCUUCAGUGCAGAGGUGGAGAAAAAACGUGAACUGUUUCCAGGUCUUGCUUUAGCAGAUAAUCCAAAAGCAAGGACCAUGCUUGAAGAAGAUAUUAAGCCAACCAUAAAAGAUGUUGAAGAAGCAGAUGAUUUAAUGGCUGAACUUGAAGCAAUGGCUCCCAAAGAAGGAAAAGUUUCUUCUGAGACACUCAAGCCAAGCCAUGAUAAGGCGAAAAGGUCUCGCAGCAGAGACAGAAAAGAAAGAAGUAAGCGUUCUAGAAGCAAAGAUCGCAGCAGGAGAUCAAGAAGUAGAGAUCGCAGCAGAAGAUCCAGAAGCAGGGAUCACAGCAGGAGAUCCAGAAGCAGAGACCGCAGCAGAAGGUCUAGAAGUAGAAACAGAAGCCACAGAUCCAGGAGCAAAGAUGGAGGAGACAGGCACAGGGGAAACGACCGUUUUGAGGAUAAAAGAGGCAAAGAUGACCGAAGAGAAAAGAAACCUCAAAAAGAUUUCCCAGAGAACGCAGAAGUGGGAAAUGUCUACGCAGGAAAAGUCAUGAAUCUUGCUGCAUUUGGAUGCUUUGUACAGCUGGAAGGAAUAAGGAAAAAAUGUGAGGGUUUGGUACAUAUCUCCCAGUUGCGGCGAGAGGGUCGUGUAAAUAGUGUGGCGGAGGUUGUCAAUCGGGGAGAUAAAGUUUAUGUCAAGGUUAUGAGCAUUGCUGGCCAAAAAAUUUCCCUUUCAAUGAAAGAUGUGGAUCAAGAUUCGGGCGAAGAUUUGAACCCAGCCCCGUCGACAUCAAGCCGGCCUGGGCUGACAAGCCACGAAAGUGAAACAGCUCUGAGAAAUCCAGAUCGACCUUUAUCUUUAUUGGAUCUGAAAACAAAUGUGGAAGAGGAUGAACUGACGAACCGCAAACGUGUGCAACGGAUUUCGUCACCAGAACGCUGGGAACUGAAACAAAUGAUGGCAGCAAAUUGUAUCGACAAAAUGGACUUACCUGAAUUCGACGAAGAAACGGGCCUGCUCCCAAAGCUUGCAGAAGAUGAGGAGGACAUUGAAAUCGAAUUGGUGGAAGAAGAAGCACCGUUUCUCAGGGGCCACGGUCGAGUGCUUAACGAGCUUAGUCCAGUCCGCAUUGUCAAGAAUCCUGAUGGUUCUCUGGCCCAAGCUGCCAUGAUGCAAGGUGCACUCAGCAAAGAACGCCGUGAACAGAAAAUGCUUCUCAGAGAAGAGCAAGAAGCGGCAGAUGCACCGGCGCAAGGGGCAAACAAAAGUUGGAUUGAUCCUAUGCCUGAUGCCGGCGCUGCACCUUCAACGUCGUUGGGUCGCGGAACAGGGGCACCUGUCUACGAUAUGCCUGAAUGGAAGAAGCAUAUUACCGGUGGUCCCAAAGGGGCCUCAUUUGGUAAAAAAACUAGCCUUUCAAUCGUGGAGCAGCGGCAGUCUCUACCUAUCUACAAACUGAGAGACGAGCUAAUCAAAGCCGUCAGUGACAACCAAAUUCUGAUUGUCAUCGGAGAGACAGGCUCUGGCAAAACUACACAAAUCACCCAGUAUCUGUCCGAGUCUGGAUUUACUGCUCGUGGAAAGAUCGGUUGUACACAACCUCGUCGUGUGGCCGCCAUGUCCGUUGCAAAACGUGUCUCUGAAGAGUUUGGUUGUCGUCUCGGUCAGGAAGUUGGGUACACGAUUCGUUUCGAAGAUUGUACCAGUCCCGAAACCCUGAUCAAGUACAUGACAGAUGGUAUGUUGCUUCGCGAAUGCUUGAUCGAUCCUGAUCUUCAGACGUAUUCAUGCAUCAUGUUGGACGAAGCUCACGAGAGAACUAUUCAUACGGACGUUCUCUUUGGUCUUCUAAAGCAAGCUGUCCAGAAGAGAGCUGAACUCAAGCUAAUUGUCACAUCUGCAACUUUGGACGCUGUGAAAUUCUCUCAGUACUUUUUCGAGGCGCCCAUCUUCACUAUUCCCGGCCGAACUUUCCCUGUCGAGAUCUUGUAUACGCGGGAACCGGAGACCGACUAUUUGGAUGCUUCACUCAUUACGGUUAUGCAAAUUCACCUUAACGAACCACCGGGUGACAUUCUUCUUUUCUUGACCGGUCAAGAAGAGAUCGACACCGCCUGUGAGAUCCUCUAUGAGCGUAUGAAGUCCAUGGGCCCUGACGUACCGGAGCUCAUCAUUCUUCCUGUCUAUUCUGCCCUGCCGUCGGAAAUGCAGACGCGAAUUUUCGAACCGGCGCCACCAGGGUCAAGAAAAGUCGUCAUUGCUACCAACAUUGCUGAAACCAGUCUGACUAUUGACGGCAUUUACUAUGUCGUCGAUCCAGGUUUUGUCAAACAGAAGGUGUACAAUUCGAAGACAGGCAUGGACUCUUUGGUUGUGACGCCCAUCUCACAAGCUCAAGCCAAACAGCGAGCAGGGCGAGCCGGUCGUACGGGACCUGGAAAAACGUAUCGAUUGUAUACCGAGCGAGCCUACCGUGAUGAAAUGUUGGCAACUCCCGUACCUGAAAUUCAACGUACCAAUCUUGCCUCUACAGUCCUGCAGCUUAAAGCUAUGGGCAUCAACGACUUGCUUAAUUUUGAUUUCAUGGAUGCGCCUCCUGUUGAAUCGCUCAUUAUGGCACUCGAACAGCUGCAUUCCCUUUCUGCUUUGGACGACGAAGGAUUGCUGACACGACUCGGUCGACGUAUGGCGGAAUUUCCUCUCGAGCCCUCACUUUCCAAGAUGCUCAUUAUGUCUGUUCACUUGAUGUGUUCGGAUGAAAUUUUGACAGUGGUGUCAAUGUUGUCAGUUCAGAAUGUCUUCUACCGACCCAAAGAUAAGCAGCAAUUAGCCGACCAGAAGAAAGCCAAGUUUAAUCAAGCUGAAGGAGAUCACAUCACCUUACUGGCUGUGUACAAUUCCUGGAAAAACAAUAAGUUCAGUAGCGCCUGGUGUUACGAGAAUUUCGUGCAGAUGCGUACCCUAAAACGAGCGCAGGAUGUACGUAAACAGCUAUUGGGUAUCAUGGAUCGGCACAAAUUGGAUGUAGUGUCUGCCGGCAAGAAUACUGCUAGAGUUCAAAAAGCCAUCUGUUCCGGCUUCUUCCGUAACGCAGCAAAGAAAGACCCCCAGGAAGGCUAUCGGACGCUAGUGGACGGCCAAGUGGUCUACAUUCAUCCGAGUAGCGCAAUCUUUAACCGGCAACCCGAGUGGGUCGUCUACCACGAAUUGGUUCAGACAACCAAAGAGUACAUGCGUGAAGUGACUGUCAUCGAUGCCAAAUGGCUGGUGGAGUUUGCGCCGGCUUUUUUCAGAUUCUCUGAUCCAACCAAACUCAGCAAAGUCAAAAGAAAUCAACGACUCGAGCCACUGUAUAACAAAUACGAAGAACCAAACUCGUGGCGUAUUUCUCGGCAGCGCCGUCUCCGCCGAAACUAACAUUUUUAACAAUUUACAAAUGUCUACUAUCAUUCGGAGGGAUUUUGUCAUCGCUUUGUAUGCAUUACGGUUCGUUCCAUACACAACUGAUUUAAUGAUAAA